CUUAACUGGGCAAGAAAAACACACGGUAUUCAAAUCAAAAUGAAGUGCAACACACAAAUUUCCAUUUCGUUGCUUCUCCUUGCGACAGUCAGUUUGCUGGUGCAACAGACGACAGCGACAUGCGGUGUUUGCGGGAGCAAUGGCAUCGCUUGUAUCAGCGAGACACAAUUCAAUAUUUGUUUCAACAACCAACCCGACAACACCACCGCCCACGAGUGCCCCAACGGUGGCACCUGUACGAGUCUGCUGAUGAAAUGUUCGGAAGCAGCUAACGCACCAGCUGAUUGCACUACGACCACUGACAUCACAUGUGGCUGUGUCGCGGACAGCCCCACGUUUGUUUGCACCAGUCGCACCACCUUUGCUCAAUGCAAUGGCGCGACAGUCGUUACAACGGGCACGUGUCCGACCGGUUUAACAUGUGCGGCACGGAGAGGUGGAGAUAUUUGUGUAGAUGCAUGUUAUUUAGACGGUGAAAUUGAGUGCGAUCUUGAUGCUCCUGCGAGUUAAAGACAUCCUGCUUCGAGUUGAGAAAUGCUUAUACUUGUUUAGGCUAAAAUUGUUUGUUGUAUGAAUAAAGAGAAAAGUAAAAUAUA